GGGGGUGCGGCACCUCUUACAAGGAAGAGGAGAGCGCUGUUGCUCCGCCGAGCUCCACUCUGUCCGCAGCGCUUCAUCGCCGCGAAAGGCUGCGCGACUUUUCGCUAGGUUGCGUUUUCUCCGCCCGUCAACCAUCUAAAAAAAAAAAAAAAAAAAACCCACUCUGGAUUCGGGUUUUUCCUCCUUUCCUCUCAGAAAGGGAGACGUGUGGAUACGGAGAACCCGCUGUCACUUCGUCGUGCGCGCGAAUGGAGAAGCACAAAGUGCUGGACCAGCUCCUGGCGGAGCUCCAUCGGUUCCUGUUCGUUCUGGACAAGGAGAACCUGAGUGGGAAUGCCACCAUCCAUAAGGGCUUGCUCACUGAUCUCCUCCAGUCCUACAGGACCUGCAAUGGGGGAGACGAGGAGUACAUCUACAUGAACAAAGUCCUUGUAACUGGAAAGGAAGACGAGAGCAAAGAUGAUGCAUCAAGCGCCCUGGCCAAUGGGAAAUCGGGAAAAUACGUUCCGGCCCCGCAGAAGAGUCUGCCAGACCUGCCACCCCCGAGGACGAGUCUUGUGGGCCGGGAGCCUUUCCCCUUGCCCUCGAUCCCAGCUCCAACCUGCAUGGACUCUGUGGAGGGAUACUAUGAGGAGGCCCAGCCGUAUGAGGAAACAGCCAACGACGAUGGUGAGGCGGUGAGCAGUUCCUACGAGUCGUAUGACGAGGAGGAGGUGACCAGAGGGAAGUCGGCGCAGCAUCAGUGGCCAUCAGCAGAAGCGUCCAUCGAACUGAUGAAGGAUGCGCGGAUCUGUGCUUUCCUGUGGAGGAAGAAGUGGCUGGGCCAGUGGGCCAAACAGCUGUGUGUCGUUAAAGACCAGCGCCUCCUGUUUUACAAGAGCUCCAAGGAGCAGACCCCUCUGUUGGACGUGAGCCUGGUGGGCUGCAGCGUGGUCUACAAGGAGAAGCAGCUGAGGAAGAAGGAGCACAAGCUGAAGAUUAUCCCCGUGGGAGGCGAGACCAUCGUGCUGGGGCUGCAGAGCAAAGAGCAGACGGAGCAGUGGUUGAAGGUCAUCCAAGAGAUCAGUCCAAGACCGGCUGAGAGCUGCGAUCCCCAGCACUUUGACUCCCCCAGACUAAUCUGCACUAAGGGGGACCUAAGUGAGAGACAUUCGGUAGCUUCAGAGAGUGGCAGCAGCACUGACAGCCAUGCGGAGACCCCAGACACAAAAGAUGUGAAGAAAAAAUACGGGGCAAGCCUCAAGCUCAGCAACCUCAUGAACAUCGGCAAAAAAAAGCCCUCCUCCAUGGAGAGCCCGGAGAAAUGUGUCGACACCUCAGGCUAUCUCAAUGUGCUGGUGAACAGUCAGUGGCGGACCCGCUGGUGUCUGAUUAAGAACGGACAGCUGUGGUUUUACCAGGAUAAGGGCAAGACCAAGGUGAGCCAGCCAGCCUUGCCCCUGGAAGGCUGCAGUGUUGUGCCGGACCCCAGCCCCGAACACCUCUACUCAUUCAGGAUUGACUUGGACGGGACGCAGAUAGCCACUCUAGAGGCUAAGUCAUCGGCAGACAUGGGCCACUGGCUGGGCCUCUUGCUGUCCCAGACAGGGGCAAAGACCGACCCAGAAGAGCUGACGUAUGACUACGUCAACUCUGAGAGGAUCUCCAGCAUCGUCAAUGCAGCCAAGACGUCCUUAUACUUGAUGCAGAGGAGGUACUCGGAGCCCAACACCUACAUAGACAGCUUGCCAUCUGUCCCUCACCCCUCGGAUGAGCUGUACGACGACGUGGCAUCCAUAGGAGCUGAGCCCGAGGAUGCUGAGGAGGCUGGCCUGCUUGACGACGAGGACAACAGCGUUCAAGAAGAUAAUGAACUGUGCACUCAGGAUGCUAAGGAGGAUUUGGGUACAAAGCAGGAUGCUGAAAAACGAAUUUACCUUGACCUCACACCCGUACGUUCCUUCCUCCAUACGUCCUGCAACAGUAAAGGCCCGUCACAAAAAGAAAGCUCCGAACAGUCCCAAGCCCCAACGAAUGAACAGCAGGCCCCGCCAAAAAGAGAGCUUGACUUAUCCAACCAAAUGGAGCCAGAUUCUUCACAUACAACAAAUAGCACCAGUAAACCGGAGCAAGAGUGUCCCCUGGACCCUAGCCCACCCCGACCCCAGCUCCACCAACUGAAGACCUCAUCCGAAAGCCAGGAACCUCUGAACAAGAGUGGCUCUGGCCCACAGAUCCAGAAAGCCCCUACGAAUCCUGCAGGGAUGGCUCAGAGUUCCUCUAGCCUUCCUGCUCACGGCUCCCAAAAUCUCCGAGCCAGGAGCACCGGCAGCGGAGACAGACCCAAGGCCUACACCAUAGGGUGCCCUGGAGCAGUGGAGGGAAAACUUGGCAAGAAUCGCACAGAGGCGGAUAUGCGUCGCUACACCGAUGAGCGGGACCGCCUGGAAAAAGAGAGGGAGGAGGUGAGGAGCUGUCUGGCAAACCUGAAGAAGGAGAGGAGGGAGACCAAAGAAGGCCUCAGCGCCUGUCAAGAUCCCAGGCUGCAGGCCUCCCUUGAGGCCAGCUUGAAGCAGAAUGAGGAGGCCUCUCGAGAGGCGGAACGGCAAAGGGUGGAAGUGGAACUGCAGCUGGUGGAAGUAAAGGAGAGCCUGAGGAAGGUGGAGGCAGGACCUUUCACACUCGGCACCACACUUGACAGCAGCCUCCAGGAAACACCCAUGGUUAAAGCAGCCUCUGUGGCCUCUCCUCAAACGCCUGCAUCCCAGUCCUCCAGUAGCAGCAGUGGGUAUCCAUCCUCUCCAGUUAACUCCGCCACUGCACUUAAGAACAGACCCGCCUCGAUCAUGGCCACCAGCAAAGGCAAUGUCCUGCAGAAGGCUAAGGAGUGGGAGAAGAAAUCAACCAACUAAAAGAAGCACACAUGCCUUUCCACCUCCCAUGACCUCUAAGGUCAUCUUGUUUGUCUCCUACGGGUCCGCUGUGCUGUACCCGAGCUACUUUGGAUCAGAACCCAAGGAGCUCUGGACCCUCUACCCUCAUCAGAAAGAGCCGCUCACAUAGAGGCACCAGCUGCCGCACUGACACACGUCAAUGGACAAUUUUACUUUCAGUGUCUCAAGUUGGUAUUUGCUCUUCCCGUAAAGGGACAAUUGCAUUUUGGCCAGUUGAAUUGUGAUGAGGAUGCACACAUGGGAUGUUUUUAUCAAUGGAAAUAACAUACAAAUGUGAAACCACUGAAAGCCUGUUUUGUAAAGCAGCAUGUUAUAUAAAAGAGACAUGUUUUUUCUAAAUUAGCCAUUUGAUACAAUAUAGAUUUUAGCUUGGUUCAUAUACGCUAGUAGCCAAGAUGUAAAUAUAUUUCCACCAUUAUUGUUCAGCUUUUGACAUGUUGUAUUGGUAGCUACAAAUGCACUUUUUAUUCAAAUAAAAACUUAGUACUG